UAGCUCCAGCUCCUUUGGGCACGCGCAGGAGGCCAUGUGUCACGUUUGCGAAGCUUCACGACUGUGCGGAAGUCUUUUUGGUAAAAGCUGUUGCCGUUGAUUUUUCAGAGGUGGAAACUUUGAACAGGUCUUGUAAAUCAGGAGAAAAAAGGUGAUUCAGAAACUAAUUUUGGGCAGAAAAACAGGUCCCUGACCCUCUACCUACUUUUAGCAUCAUGACCCGGCACAAGCAGAAAAAAUCUAGUAAGAAAUCCAAACAUAGCAAGAAAAAGGAUGCAAAGCCAUGUGGGAAAAAGGAUUCAGGAGUACCUCAGCUGUCACACUUCAAAGAGCAUGUCAAAAAGGAACUGGCCCUAAGGCAGAAAAGGGUUACGGAACUGCAGGAACGGCAACAAAUGGCGCGACAGAAGGAAAUCAGCCGGUUCCGAAGUCUGGAAGGGUUGCAGAAGGACGCUUUGCACAGACAGCAACGCUUCGAGCAGAAGGAAAUGGAUCUGAAGCAAUUGGCCAAACAUGCCCUGCUGGAAAAAGACAGCUCUUGCAAGGCAUAUUACAAGGAGUUCAGGAAGGUAAUUGAAGCAGCUGAUGUGAUCUUGGAAGUCCUUGAUGCUCGGGAUCCCCAGGGUUGCCGCUGCCCCCAGGUUGAACAGGCAGUGGUGCAGGCUGGAACCAACAAGAGACUGGUUCUGGUGCUAAGCAAAAUAGAUCUGGUAUCUAAAGAGGUUGUUGCAAAGUGGCUGAAGUACCUGAGGAAUGAAUUUCCUACAGUGGCCUUUAAAUCCUCCACUCAGCAACAGAGCAAAAACCUGCAACAGAGCCAUGUCCCAGUAACACGAGCAUCGAGUGACUUGCUAGGCAGUGGAGCCUGCGUUGGGGCAGACUGCCUCAUGAAGGUACUAGCGAACUAUUGCCGGAAUCAGGAUGUCAGGACAACCGUCACCGUUGGAGUUGUGGGCUUCCCAAAUGUUGGCAAAAGCAGCUUGAUCAACAGCUUGAAGAGGAGCCGGGCUUGCAGUACUGGUUCCACUCCUGGCAUCACCAAAUGCCUACAAGAGGUGCAGCUGGACAAGCACAUAAAACUCCUCGACUGUCCAGGGAUUGUCAUGGCUUCUCCCACCUCGGAUGCUGCCAUGAUUCUGCGAAACUGCAUCAGAAUAGAACAGCUGGCUGACCCCGUGAGUCCAGUGGAGGCCAUCUUGAAACGAUGCAACAAGCAGCAGAUUAUGCAGCACUUCAGUGUGCCAGAUUUUCAGAACACCAUGGAGUUCCUGGCGUAUUUGGCCAAGCGACAGGGCAAGCUGAAAAAAGGGGGGAUACCAGACCACGAGAAGGCCGCCAAAGCAGUGCUAAAUGACUGGACGAGUGGGAAAAUCAGCUAUUUCACACAUCCACCUGAGACACACACACUUCCUACUCACAUCAGUGCUGAGAUUGUGGCGGAAAUGGGCAAAGCCUUUGAUUUUGAGGCAUUGGAGCAAGAGAAUGAGAAGGCUUUGGCUAACUUAAUCUCUGGUCCUGUGGGUAUCACCUUAGAGGGUUCUGGCCUAACUAGUGGGGCAGAAAUUGAGAUGGCUGAGGAAGAAGGGCUGCAUAUUACAGAAGAAGAGGAGACUAAGAUGGAAGAAGAUGAGGAUCAUGAGUUUGGCCCAAUGACUAUAGAGCUGAAACCCAAGAGCAAGACCUUAACAGAAGCAGCAGAAGUGGUGCCCAGAGCACCUGACUUAGGGGAGAUCUUAGCCUUGGACCCUCUGUACCAGGGGCAGGGCCUCCGGGCAGCAAGCAAGAGACGCAAAAAGCGGCAGAAGCGAGCAGACAAAAUUGCAACCAAGCUCUCUGCAAGCCUGACAGCAGCUAUGAAUUUCAGCUUGGCAGAUGACUGAGGAAAGCUGGAUGCUGGGCUGCUACUUGAUCUACCUCAGGAAGACUGUUCCCAGCAGGAGAAAGGAUGCAAAGAAGUUCCCAUCGUACCUGUGUGUCAUUGAGGAAGGGACAGCCCGGGGCCUAUGAAGAACCAAUGAGCUGUUUUAUCAAGAAACUUUAUUGAGCAGGUUAAAAUCAGUGUUAAAAUAAGGGUGUAGUUGCAUUAGCAUUGUCUCAGAUUUGGCUCUUAAUGCUACAACAGAUUCACAGAA